AUGGCAGAGGACAGAGCUCCGGGGCCCGCCGGGAAGCCGCUGGUGUUUCGCGUUGACGACAGCACCCCGGAAGUGGUGCAGAGCGUCCUGCUGGAGCAGGGGUGGGACAAGUUCGAGCAGGGGGGGCAGGACGUGGAAGGCUGGAACCUGUACUGGAGGACCUCCUCCUUCCGCAUGGCCGAGCACGCCAACAUCAAACCCUGGCAACAUCUCAACCACCACCCGGGCACCAGCAGGCUCACCAGGAAGGACCACCUGGCCAAACAGCUGAGGCACAUGAAGAAGACGUACGGCGCGGCCCUGGACGAGUUCAUCCCCCUGACGUUCGUGAUGCCCAACGACUACAGCAAGUUCGUGGCCGAGUACUUCAGGGGGAAGCACGGGGCGGGCGGCGCGCGGAGCUGCUGGACCUGCAAGCCAGCGGAGCGCUCCCGCGGGAGGGGCAUCCUCGUCUUCAGGGACAUCAAAGACUUAGUCUUCGACGACACCUACGUCGUGCAGAAAUACAUCUGCAACCCUCUGCUCGUGGGCAGGGACCAAUGCGACCUCCGCGUCUACGUGUGCGUCACCGGCUUCCAGCCUCUGACCGUUUACACCUACCAGGAGGGGUUAGCGCGGUUCGCCACGGAGACGUUCGACCUCGGGAACCUGCAGAACAGCCACGCGCAUCCGACCAACAGCGGCAUCAAUAAGUGCGGCGCCCCCUACGGGAAGGUCAAGGCAGUGGUCGGCCACGGCUGCAAGUGGACCCUCAGCAGGUUCUUCUCCUACCCUCGCAGCUGGGACGUGGACGACCUGCUCCUGUGGCAGAAGAUCAGCCACGUGGUGAUCCUCACGGUGCUCGCCCUCGCGCCCUCGGCGCGUCAGGCCAGCUGCUUCGAGCUCUUUGGCUUUGGUACUUUGGUCGACGACAACCUGAAACCAUGGCUUCUGGAGGCCAACUUCAGCCCCGCCCUGUCCAUAGACUGCUCGGCGGACGCUUCCGUGCAGAGGAAACUUAUCCAUGACAGCAUCGAGCUGACUGGCUCACGCGGCCCAGGAGACGAGAGGGCAGAACGGCGUGAAGCCGCACGCGGCGGACUCAACGAGCCUGGCGGCACGCGCUCCCCCGAGGCCCUCUUACGGCGGACGGCUAGAGCUUUGGAGGAUGAAUGUGCCGUGAAGAAAGACCUACAAAUAUGCCCUGAAAAUAAACAUGCGUCCCAGCGGAGGGACAUGUCGCGCGUGGGCAAGACCAGCGUCUCCCCGUGCGUCCCCUCGGACAGCAGCGAGGGGCCGGGUCUCCAAGCAGAGAAUUUCGUGCUCAUUUUUCCUCUCAAUGAAGCGACUUACGGAGCCUCUAGGAAUGAAUUAAAUGUCAGAAGAAUCACCCAAGAGCUCCGGAAACUCAUGAAUAAGCAGCAUCCCCACGUGGUGGACAUGGAAGCAAAUAGAAGCCACUCCCGGAGGACGGCACUGGGCUUCAGGAACCUUGUCCCCUCAGAGAAGGAGGAGCCCAGCAGACGCCGCUCCCCGGGAGUUGACCGGGCCGUGGUCCUCGGGAAGGAAAAGGCCUCCGUCCGGGGCAGCUGCCCGGGGAGCGCCUCUGCUCUCCUCAGAGCCGAGAGCACGCUGUCCCUGGGUCACUUCAGACAGCGUCACCGGCGUCCCGACAGCCUCCGUAACACGGCACGGGUGACACUGGCUGACCUGGUUAUGCUACUGACACAGGACGGCUCACGUCCGGCAGAGCAGAGCACAUCGAAAACACAACACAAACCCACGUCUCGCGACAAGAUGGUUCCAGAAGGGUUUCCUCCCCGGGGACUGGGGGAGUCUCCGCGUGAGGACAAGGCCCGCUCACUGCCGUCGCGCUGUUAG